AUGCGAGAGAGUGUGAAGUUGGUGAUCUUGGCUCUUGUGAGCCUGCAAGUGAGUCUUGUAGUGGCACAGGAAUUGGUUAUGCCGGAAGGCUUCUGCGUGGAUCGAGUGCAAGGACACUUCGCCUUUCCCGGUGACUGCAACGGAUUCAUUUACUGCCUCGGAGAUGGAACAGGAGCGGCCGGGAGGUGUGUAGACGAUCUGCACUUCCGUCCCGGAACCACUGAAGGAACUGGUGUAUGUACAUAUCCUGAGGAUGCCGGAUGUGAUCCAGAUGCAGGAACCACGGAAUGUCUCGCAGGAGACUUCUGGGAAGAGAGAGUUCCGCUGACGUGCAAUCAGUACGUGCGAUGCGUGAACGGUGCAACCGAGACCCGUCGUUGUUCCGGAGAUCUCCACUGGGAUUCGGCCUCCCAGCAAUGUACCACACCUAACCUGUCGGAUUGUCCGUAUCCGAUCUGUUCUGAGAACCCAACUCCGGGCGAAGUAGAAAGAUUACCUCAUCCGAUGGACUGCGAGCGGUACUACAUCUGCAUAAAUCAAGAACCCAUAGAACAGUCGUGUGCCCCUGGUCAACACUUCGACAGAGUAAACCUGUGGUGCACUACGCCAGAAGAGGCGCAGUGCGAAGCCACUGGAGGGCCAGAUCCAGAACCCGAACCCGAGCCAGAACCCGAACCUGAACCAGAGCCAGAGCCUGAGCCAGAGCCUGAGCCCGAGCCCGAACCAGAGCCCGAACCCGAGCCAGAGGUUUUCGUGUAUUAAUUGACUAAUUAGAGGAUCAAUACUGAAAUAGCCGAACUAGUCUAGUGUUAAUGCCAAUGACUUCACAUUUUUGUAAUAAAAAC